AUGUCUCGGAAUUGUAAAGAUUGUCCCAUCUGUGGCAAGCGAGCUUUAAAAAGAUUGGCAAACCAUUUGGCAGACGUCCAUGAACUUUCGUCCCAAGAAAGACAACCUUAUCUUAUUCGUGCUAAGCCAACAGCUUUAGACUUAGAAAAUGUUUUAACAGAGUUGUACAGAUUAAUUGGGGACAGUAAAAAGCAGUCAAAGUGGAAUAAAAGCGGGAUAAAGAAUAUACCCAUCCGUCAACCAAAAUCCUCCAGGAGGAGAACAAAAUCAAAAACAAAAUCUGCAAAGAACGUGGAUAAUACAGAAAUGGAUGAUGAUUCAAAGGAGUGGUUAAAGUUAGAAACAAAAACGGGACAAAAUUCUUAA